AUGGCAGACUUGACUGCCAUUGUUCCUUAUCAUGACCCUGGUGAUGCUAUUACCUUCAUUGAUCAAUCAUCGUUCUUAGUAGAAAACCCGACUCUCGGUCUCCCUGAAUAUCCUGAUUGUGAACCACAUACUGGAUUCGAUGACAUUGUUGAUGCCAAUGAUCCGUUUGUGGAUCCAGUUGUUUGGGACUUGGGUUAUGGGAAUGAUGAGAAUCUGGUUUCAAAUUAUCUGGCUAAACCCUCUGAAUUUCAAGGAGAAGGCAGUAGCCAUGAGAAUGGAAAUAAUGUUGACAGUAAUGUACAAAAUUCAGAUUCUGUAUAUCCGAUGCAACUUUCAGAUUCUCUGGUCUUUGCAUCUCCUGAUAAUUGCAUUUGUUGUCAAAUACUUCGUGAAAUUACUCAUGUUAAUGGCAUAAGCAUGAAAAGGCUUGAGAUUCAUGGAAGAGUUGGAAUGGUCAUUCAUGCGAUUCUCGAGAAAUAUGAUUGUGAUCCCUCUUUUCAGAACCAUGAGUUCAAAGUGUUUGAUUUUUGCACGAAAAGUAUCCAUAGUGUGAAAGAGUUUCUAGUUCAGUAUUAUGAAGAUUGUAAAAAAGAAGGCUAUGUUACGUUGCAAGAUCCUCUCUCGACUUUCUACGAAGCCCUGUGUGUGGGAGUGAAUGAAACUGAAAAAUUUGACGAUUUUAUUCCAUUAUCUCCAGAUGAUCCAGAUACAAGCAAUUACCAAAUGAAUCAUCAAGAAAUGUCGAUGCAACAUGAAGAUGAAAGAAAUAUAGAGCAAUCUACGAAGAUCCCUCUUGCAGCGCAGAGGGUAAGAACAGGAAACAUGAAAUUGAAGGACGUUAUAGGAUAUUUUGAUCAUCCGAUUGAAGAUGCAGCCAGGAAAUUGAAUGUAUGUCCCACAGUGAUGAAGAAGAUAUGCCGCAGAGACGGCUUGCCAAGGUGGCCUUACAGAAAGGUUAAGAGUAUCAAGAAGAAAAUAUUGGAGAAAAAUGAGAUUUUAAAUUCUGCCAGGGGUGAUGAAGAAAGGGAACAUGCUGAGGCAGAUAUACACAAGUUUCAGGAAGAACUUGCUAAGAUUUAUGGUAUUCAUUCAUCGUAA